AUGACGCUGACCCAAGCCGAGAAAGCCGCCGUGGCCACCGUGUGGGCCAAGGUGGCCCCCAAAUGUGAUGCCAUUGGGGCAGAAUCACUGGAGAGGCUUUUCCUCAGCUACCCCCAGACAAAAACCUACUUCCCUCACUUUGAUCUGAGCCAAGGCUCAGCUCAGCUCCGUGGCCAUGGCUCCAAGGUGAUGAGUGCCAUUGGGGAAGCUGUGAAGCACAUUGAUAACAUCCGAGGGGCUCUGGCCAAGCUCAGCGAGCUGCAUGCUUACAUCCUCAGGGUGGACCCCGUGAACUUCAAGCUGCUUUCCCACUGUAUCCUGUGCUCCGUGGCUGCCCACUAUCCCAGUGACUUCACCCCAGAAGUUCAUGCUGCGUGGGACAAGUUCCUGUCCAGUGUUUCCUCUUUUCUGACAGAGAAGUACAGAUAAAUGACCUCAGCAGAGGGUGCAGGGGGCCCAUCUACA